AUGAAUGGUAUCGAUCAGAGGAAUUUGAACGGUUUCAACGGCCAUGUCCCAAACAAGUUCCGUCACUUUUUUAUUCUGAUGAAUUUUUGAUUAUUUCAGUCCUCCAGCAGACAACAUGGAAGACCAGGCGAUUGGGGCCAUUCUCAACGAGAUCAAAUCGGAAGUUCUUGAGCUCGAAGAAGAGCAGAAGAGGUGAGUCACUUUUUGAAGAAAAGAAGUCUGCAAAAACAUGUUUUUUUCAUCAAACAUCUUCCGUUUGUUAUUAUUAAGAAGCUCUUCCAACCGUUAUUAAUGUAAAACACCCACAGUUAUUGGAAAAGCGAGUUUUAGGAAAAGUGACUAAUAUCAGACACAUCGGCGCAUGGUUCCGAUGAGUCUGCUGAGUCACGCUAGGGUCUUUGGUGUCAUUUUUAUUUUUGAAGCUGAUUUCGAAUCUGUACUAUCGGGGAAAGGGCAAAGAAGUGGGAUUGAAAAAUUGAUAGACUUUUGCGUAGAUGCACUUUGGGACAUACAGACAUGACGAAACAACAAAAAACUCAUUUCAUAGACAACUGCGGCAACCUUCUAGUCCAGUUUCAGAAGUUACGCAAAAAGUGCAUUCAAAAAGUGCAUCUCACCAUUCUGUGCUACGACACGAACGAGUUUUCUUUUUCAGAAGAGCACGGUAUACGAUAUUCCGCACUCGGGGUGUGCGCUUGCGUGUAUGCACGUUCUAGUGAUCUCAUUUCCGCGGUUUUUCCAUUUUUAAUUCAAAAUAUGUUUAUUUUUGGUUUUUUAUUAAGUUAGAAUCAAUAAUUGUUGUAAUUAAACUGUUUCCUAUAGUCUCGAUUACUUCCAACGAAAUUAAAAACAAAGUAAAAAAAACACGGGAAUGAGUCAGAAUGUGCAAAAACGCAGAGUGCACACGCCAAAUGCGGACUUUUGCAUACAGUACUCCUUGAAAAAUGAAAACUCCCCCUUGUCGUAUCCCCACGCAAAGUUUCAUUUACAACUUAACUUUUUCAAAAACUUCUCGUUUUAAUGAAAAGUGAUCAGCCAAGUCGAUUUCUAGCUCCCAGCCUUUCAUUUUCUGACGAACUGUAUUGAGGUCGGAGGAGCUGAUGUCGCACAACGGCGACGGCUCCUACUUCUGGGCCCAGCCCUUGCAGGCGGACAUGUACGGUCCGCCGCCGCCGCUCAGACAUUUCUCGGAGUUCUCUCCUGGAUCGUCGCUCGGAUCCCCGCGUGAGGACUCGGCCAGACUUCGUCCAGCUCUGAAGCGACAGUCGUCCGAACAGUGCGGCUCCACGUCGUACCUCCCGCAGCAGAGCAACCACUUUUACAGGUCAGUUUUGAACCUUCUGAGCUCAAAACUUCCUGGAAGAUGGUGGGUGCCCAUCUGCAUAGAGGCCUACUUCAUUCUCUUACGUGCGAAUGGAAAAUUUGAAAAUAUACUGAAAUUGGCCGCCCUUUUUGAAUGUUAAGCCGCCCUUUGCGGUUGGAAGGCCGCUAUUCGUCCAUGUGGGAUCCAGCCCAAGCAUGUCCAACUACCAAAAUGGCUUCUCCACUAAAUUUUUUGCAAGGAGUAGUACCUAUAACAGCAUCCUGAAAAAAACUACUGCUUACUGGAAAUUGGCGCUGGAAAACUCUGCACUGUUUUUUCUGCUUGUAAAAAACAAAACACUCGAAAAGUACGCGGAAAGCAAGAUACGCCUGUUCAUAAUGCAAUAAAGGGCUGAUUUGCAGAUCACAAGUUGAUUUCUUUUAGUUGCAUAAAACUACCGUAAUAAUUUCUUCUUACUGUCGCGUCGAGGCUUCUGGCGUGAAUUUUGAAAUCAAGCGUGCGAAAUUAGAAAUAAAAAUAAGUUCAAAUGAAACUUAACACCACAAAAAACAAAAAAGAUAAAAAAGGUAAUUGAUUGUCAAGCUCAAAAAGCGUUCAAACUCCUAAAGUUCUUUAUGAAGUAUUGAAAUCGUUCAGACCUCUUCUGCAUCAGCACUCGACGCCCAACUUCCCAACUUUUCACAAUUUCGACGAAGUUCCAGUCGGACCGCAGCCGGAAGGCUCUCAGAUAGAUCCGACUCUCGAGAGCGAGUUGGAAGGAUGUGGUAGUUUUUCUUGAUUUUUAAUGGAUCAGUGUAAAUUUUGGGCAUUUUCUGACCAGAAAAAGAAGAUUCGGAAACUAGAAGUAUCAAAAAAAGAAGAUCGAAAUACCAAGACGAGGUAUUAUAACUUUCUCGAUCAGAGUUCAACACACUUUUUCGAAAAUUAAGAUUCCAGGCAAGAAAAAAAAAUCUAGACGAUAAUAGCUACUUUCACAACCUUCCUAUUUUGCGGUUAUGACGUUUUGAAAUCGCAAAAUAUGGGUUUCGAGAGGGUGUCUGUCGUAAAAACUAGCUUUGAAAACUCAUAUCUCGAAAAAUGAUGUUUUGCGCAAUUUGAGACCUGUAAGAGUCUUCGCCUAGACCUUUGAAGAUUUUUUGAGCAAAAUUUUAGAAAAUUCUGGAAUUCUCCUAAAAAGACCUUUCCUAAUAAUGAUAACUCUUUCACAAAACUUUGGAAAAAAUAAUAAAUCAAAAUACUCUCACGACGGGUUCUCUCUAAUCUUCAGAAAAUUUGGAAAAAGUUGAAAUAUCACAUGUUUUCCAUGGACAGGAAGAAUAUUUGAAAGAAGUUUCUAGAAUUUCUAGCACAAUCCCAUACUUUCUUCAGGAAAAGCCAUUCUGAUGGCUCUGGGACGUAUGAGCAAUCGCAACAUCUACAGACAGGUGAUCAACGAGGUGGCGGAUCUGUAUUUCCGAGGUCAGCCGUCCAUUGGAGCAACAACUCUCCGUUUUUCAGUUGUUUGCAAGGGCCAACUGCCGAAGAAGUCCGUCAAGCGCUUCACUGGAACGCGCUCUAUCCAGACCGAAGAAGAACGCGCCGAACUCGAGACCGCUCGUCAGUUCGUUCAACUAAUCAGAAAGCUUUGACUAUAGUUACUUUUCUAUUAAAAAACAGUAGGUGAAGACUUUUUCCUCGAGCUACAGUAAAUUUUGAGCUUCCCAUUUUUGCUACCUCUACCUUUCUCCAUCAUUUCUCGAGUCUUUAAAAUCCCAGAAAAAUUGGAAGGCUCUAUAAAGGGACUCUCUUUGGCGUCUCUUUGCUACCUUUUUGCUGCCUUUCUGCGGCCUUUUUGAGCCUCUCCCUUUUAGAGGCCAUUAUCCACCAUUCGACUUUGCCCGAGCAUAAAAUCUUAAUAUAAAAUACAUUUUUUGAGAAGCCUUCUGAAAUUCAGUUGUCACUUUCAAAAACUUAACACACGUUCUCUGAGAAAAUCGAUGACUUUUCAGUAAUAUAAAGCAAAACAAAAUAAAAUUUUUUUUUGAUAUGCCUCAAAAUGUGAUCACGGCUCACACACGUGCUUCUGAUUAUUAAGCACCAGGUUCCAGGUGGCUCCGCCCCUUUUAAAAGAUACUGUAGACAGUAAGCUGAAAAAAAUUAAUUUUUUUCCUGUUGAGAAUUUUCAUUCAAAAAUGCUUGGAAAUGUAAGAAAACACUAUUUUGAGUAUUUGUUCAGUUGCAACUUUUUUUCUAACUCGAUUUCUUCGGGGAGAAAAAAAUCGAAAUUUCCUCAAAAACAGCGAUUUUUUCAGUUUUUGAGCCAUAACUAGAGUAAGAACCCCCCUAUGGUACGACUUUUAUUUCUGAUUAUGAAACUAGGGGUCUUCUUGUUUAAGAAAAAGUAGUUCUACAACAAAUCCCUGGGGUGGGAUAGUUGACCUCCAUUCGACCGAAGGUGAUCAACUUGAAUCGGCUCAAAAUUCGAAAAAUCAUUUUUCUUCUAAUUUGACAGCUUCUUCCUCUUUUUUGUUUUGAAACAAAAGACAACACUCACGUUCAUGUUCUCCACCAUUUUGGUGCUCAAAGAAAAUUUUAUUCCGAAUUUCUCGAGACUUUUCGAAUUUCAGGACUUUCGUCGAUUUUCGAUUUUUUCCAUUUUCAAGUAGUUUUUUCUGUAGGAACCCCCGAAUGUGGUCAUUAUCUUUUGGUAUAUGGAAGAGUAGGUCUUUCUGGAUAGGGAAAAGUUAGUCCGGUAAAAAUCUCUGGGGUGGCCCAGUUGACCUCCGACCGCCUGAAGGUGACGACCCCAAAAAUGGAAUUUUCACAAAGGCUCGGAAAACAACUUUUUUUGUUUCCAUUCUAACAAAAAACUUUCUCAGGAAGACCUGCAUCACUUUUCGACAUGAAUCGGAGUCUUUUUCGGCAAGAAAUAUGUAGUUUUAUUCAAAUUUGAGGCUUGGCACGCUUAUCUUCGUUUUCACCGUUCUUACCUGCUCUAAAUUGCUGAAGUAAUCUGGAAACCCGUUCAAAAAGAUUUUAGGGAAACCCAGCAAAUGUUUGAAUUUUUUUGAACACCUAAGCAAGUGAGAUCGGAGUGAAGAAAUGGCGAAAAAAGCUUUUUUAUCAACUUUUUCGAGAAAUAAAAACACCUUAUGACAUUCAGAAAUGUCGAUGAUUCUCAAAAAUUAUUUUUUCGCCAAAAUACAGUAACUGACAGUUUUUUACUUUUUCAAUCAACUCUAUCCAUACACUUUUCCCCUGAAAUUGAGGUUUCUGAAGCUUUUAGAAGUUCUUGUAAUACAAUUCUGGCUUUUUUUGUGUUGCAACGUUUAUACAGACACUUAUUCAUGUUUUUCAUUAAUUUACAGAACAACUUAAAUGGAAAAAGGUUUUUAAAAAAUGCAUUUUUUUGACCUUAGAAGCGUUUUAAUGCAUUUUCCGGAUUAAAGUUAGGUUUAUCAAGUCUCUCUUUUUUCUUUCUAUUAAGUUUCAUCAAUAGUUGUUUUUUAAAGAGUAAUUGACAUUAUUGAAUGUCAUAAGGUGUUUUUAUUUCUCGAAAAAGUUGAUAAAAAAGCUUUUUUCGCCAUUUCUUCACUCCGAUCUCACUUGCUUAGGUGUUCAAAAAAAUUCAAACAUUUGCUGGGUUUCCCUAAAAUCUUUUUGAACGGGUUUCCAGAUUACUUCAGCAAUUUAGAGCAGGUAAGAACGGUGAAAACGAAGAUAAGCGUGCCAAGCCUCAAAUUUGAAUAAAACUACAUAUUUCUUGCCGAAAAAGACUCCGAUUCAUGUCGAAAAGUGAUGCAGGUCUUCCUGAGAAAGUUUUUUGUUAGAAUGGAAACAAAAAAAGUUGUUUUCCGAGCCUUUGUGAAAAUUCCAUUUUUGGGGUCGUCACCUUCAGGCGGUCGGAGGUCAACUGGGCCACCCCAGAGAUUUUUACCGGACUAACUUUUCCCUAUCCAGAAAGACCUACUCUUCCAUAUACCAAAAGAUAAUGACCACAUUCGGGGGUUCCUACAGAAAAAACUACUUGAAAAUGGAAAAAAUCGAAAAUCGACGAAAGUCCUGAAAUUCGAAAAGUCUCGAGAAAUUCGGAAUAAAAUUUUCUUUGAGCACCAAAAUGGUGGAGAACAUGAACGUGAGUGUUGUCUUUUGUUUCAAAACAAAAAAGAGGAAGAAGCUGUCAAAUUAGAAGAAAAAUGAUUUUUCGAAUUUUGAGCCGAUUCAAGUUGAUCACCUUCGGUCGAAUGGAGGUCAACUAUCCCACCCCAGGGAUUUGUUGUAGAACUACUUUUUCUUAAACAAGAAGACCCCUAGUUUCAUAAUCAGAAAUAAAAGUCGUACCAUAGGGGGUUCUUACUCUAGUUAUGGCUCAAAAAAACUGAAAAAAAUCGCUGUUUUUUUGAGGAAAUUUCGAUUUUUUUCUCCCCGAAGAAGUCGAGUUAGAAAAAAAGUUGCAACUGAACAAAUACUCAAAAUAGUGUUUUUCUUACAUUUCCAAGCAUUUUUUUGAAUGAAAAAUUCUCAACAGGAAAAAAAUUAAUUUUUUUCAGCUUACUGUCUACAGUAUCUUUUUAAAAAGGGGCGGAGCCACCUGGAACCUGGUGCUUAAUAAUCAGAAGCACGUGUGUGAGCCGUGAUCACAUUUUUGAGGCAUAUCAAAAAAAUUUUAUUUUUGUUUUGCUUCAGAUUCAUCGACUUUCUCAGAGAACGCGUGUUAAAUUGAAACGCGCCAUUUUUUUAUAAUUUUUUUUUUCUUGGUUCUUUUUUGUUCACAAUUGACCUCCUCAAAAAUUCCAAAAGUUCAAAAAACGGUUUUUAGUGAAAUGUCUGGCGGCCGGCCUUCACAAACGCAACUCGAAUCGAGUCUACGAGAUGAUCCUCACCUUCAUGUACAAACUCCGUCUCGGUGGGGCGCAUUGUCCACGAAAAAUAAUGGGAAAAGAACUUUCAGCGAUCCACGACUACUGA